AUGUCCUUAAAGGAUGAGGUGGGGAAUAUUAUUCAGAAUCCCAAAGACAUUAAAGACACAACCUUUAACUACUUCACCAAGAUAUAUAACACUGAACACCAUAGCUCAAUGCUGAACAAGAUCCACAUUACUGAUAGUGCUAAUGUACUGACUACCAGGGAGAAGGACACCAUUGACUCCACCCUUAGGCUCUUUGAGAUCAAGUGUGCCUUAUUCUCCUUCAAGGCUAUGAAGGCACCUGGGCCUAAUGGCCUUCACCCCUUCUUCUAUCAGAAGCCAAUUGGUUUGUGCAACACUAUGUAUAAGCUGAUCACUAAGAUCAUUGUCAAUAGAAUCAAACCAUUACUUCAAAACAUCAUUGGCCCUACUCAAGCCAGCUUUCUAGCCAAUAUAAGAGUUGUUGAUAAUGCCAUUAUGGUCCAAGAAUACAUUACUCACUUCCAAAAUAUGAAAGGUAAAAAUGCCAAUAUGAUCUUAAAGGUGGACUUAGAGAAGGCUUUUGAUAGAUUAGAAUGGUCUUUCAUUAGAGAAUCCCUUAUCUUCUUCAAGUUCCCCAUUAAACUUACCACCUUAAUCAUGUCCUGUCUCACUACAAGCUCCAUCUCCAUCCUUGUCAAUGGUACCCAGACUGAUUACUUCAAGCCGAGUAGAGACAUUAGGCAAUGGGACCCUAUGUCUUCCUAUUUGUUCAUCGUAUGCAUGAAAAGGCUUUCCAGAGAUAUAAACAAUGUUGUAACUGAUAAGGAUUGGUUCUCUAUCAGUAUCAGCAAGGGAGGGCUCUUCUACCUAUUCUUUGUUGAUGACCUCACUAUGUUUGCCAGAGCCAAUAGAAGAAACUGUGAGACAAUCUUAGCCAUCUUGGGUAAUUUCAAUGUUGUAUCUGGACAAAAGGCAGAGUGUGCCACAUCUUGUAGUGCCAUUUUAGGUAUCAAAGGUGAUAAAGACUUUGGCAAAUACCUUGGUUUCCCAUCUUCACCAGAAGGCCUAGGAAUAAUGACUUCCAAUUCAUCAUAG